AUGAAACGGCACGCCCUUCAAAUCGUGCUGCUGGCUUUUUUUGUGGUCAACGUGGCGCCCAGCGCCGCGUCUGAAGGCAAUGGAACAGAGACUGGGGCAGAUUUCACUGUUACUAUUAGCAGAGAAGGAGUGAAAGAAGACAUGCAGCAGUUUUUUUCGCUCGGACCUUCAGCGACUCUCCGAGUUGUCGACGAGAGCAACAGCGCGAUCCUUCUGCCUCAAGCGGAAGGAGGGGAGGCACAGGACAGCGUAGCGUAUGAGUUUGAGAAUGGACACUGCAACUUCGGUAAAACAAUCGCGUACAAGGACAUGUUUUCCGGGUAUACGGAGCAAGUAUGGGCCCGCUCCUCAGCUGAGGCUGGCACCGAGGAAAAACAUGGCGGAAAAACCUCGAUCUACACAUUUACGAAUCCUCCUGUCGAGUAUUUGAAUGGGGGGGUCAGUUUCUGUGUGCGAUUCAUGACGAAACCCGCAGUGACAACAACCACGACGACCACCACACCGACAACGACGACGGCGGCAACAGCUCACUCCUCAGCACCUACUGAAGGCUCGUCAUCUGACUCCACUGGUGGUGAAGGCUCGUCACCUACGCCCGGUGACAGCGACGCAACUCAGCCUGGGACCGGCGGCGGUGGAGGUUCGUCGUCUGGAGAUUUGGAGGUGCCAGAACAGUCCCCGGCACCGAAGCCCCCCCUUGGCGCAGGUCCCCAAGACCACCAGAAUGGGCAGGAAGGCCCACAUGAAGGAGGUCAAGGAGAAUCCGAAGACGCACACCACACCGCUGAACAAAUUAUAUCUGGUCAAUCGGAAGGCGGGACUGGACAAUCCGCAGAGUCUCCUCAAUCGCCGCUGUCUGCUGGCAGCACUACUGAUGGGGGUCAUUCUUCGAGUGACCUGACCCAACAAUCCUAUGGUGCACAACAUGACGCCAGGAGCAAAUCGCACACUGUGACAGGCGGAACGGCCUCCUCCGAUGCGGAACCGCCACAAAAUGCUCAAGCUUCCGGUUUACAAACUUCUCACGGCGCACUCGCAGGUGCGGCCGGCCAUCACGAUCCUUCUACUGAGGACCAGCCGCGCUUGAGGCGGCUUUCUGACACAGACGCUUCAGCAGUGAAAUACUUGACGAUCGUCUUGCACUCCGCUGCUGCGAGCUCAUCCACAAACACACUGCUGGUGCCAGUUGCGUUGCUGUCCAUAACAGCAACACGUCUUUUUUCCGUGUAA